GUCUCCCUCCCUCGUGUCCCCCACCCAUUUCGUCGGCCGCCUCUUCUUCCCCCCGCCUCGCCACCCCCGAAUUAGAAGAAGCCACGAAUCCGCCGCGCCUCGAGGUCGGCCGCCGGCCUCCCCGAGGGCGUUACCCUAGCGGCUCUCGCUCCGCCGUUGACAGGGAGCUCAGCUCCGCCGCCGCCCGGCUGCGGCGGGCGGGCGUGACCGGAGCUCCUCGCUGCCGCUGAUAAGAUCCGACGGGUUCCUAGGUCUUUUGGGGGCGGGGGGACGCCUGUCCCGCCAGGUGGUCCGGUGAGCAUGGCGGGGUCCAACUUCGGGUCGUUCAAGGGAGAAAAGGGGGAGUCAGCUGCGGCUGCCGGCGCUGCGGCGCAGAGGAGGGACCCUUACGAGGUGCUCGGGGUGGGGCGUAAUGCUACUGAGCAGGAGAUCAAGAGCGCCUUUCGCCGCAUGGCACUCAAGUACCAUCCAGAUAAGAAUGCAGACGACCCUAUAGCCUCAGAGAAGUUCCAAGAAGCUACAUUCUCUUACAACAUCCUGUCAGAUCCAGAUAAGAGGCGUCAAUAUGAUUCAUCUGGAUUUGAGGCCAUCGAAGCGGAUAGUCAGGAACUGGAGCUGGACCUAUCAAGUCUCAAUACUGUAAAUACAGUGUUCGCGGCUCUGUUUAGCAAAUUAGGUGUUCCAAUCAAGACCACUGUCUCGGCAACAGUUUUAGAGGAGGCAUUGAAUGGGUCAGUAGAGAUUUCUCAGCUUCAGCUGGGCAAGUCUGUAUGUAGGAAGGUAGAAAAGCAGACAGCUCACUUCUAUUCCGUAGACAUAACAGACAAAGAAGCCAAAAUGGGCUUAGUGUGUAGAGUUCAUUCAACUGCUAAAAGUAAAUUUAAGCUGCUGUAUUUUGAGCCUGAGGACAAUGGUGGAUUGAGCCUUGCUUUACAGGAAGAUAGUGCAAAGACUGGGAAAGUUACUUCUGCAGGGAUGUUCUUUCUAGGUUUUCCUGUGUAUCGAUUUGAACAGAACAAUUCGGCUGCUGCUGCAAAGGAUCCUGACAGCGCAUUCUUUAAAAGAUUAGAUGGCUUUCAACCAUGUGAAGUAAAUGAACUGAAAGCAGGAACUCACUAUUUUGCUGUCUAUGGUGAUAAUUUCUUCAAAAGUGCGAGUUAUACUAUAGAGGUUGUAUGUGCUGAACCCUUUUCUGCUGAAAAGGAGAGGCUACGAAGUGUGGAGGCAAAGAUAAUUGCAAAACGAUCUGAGCUGUCAAAAUUUGAGUCUGAGUAUAGGGAGGUUUUGGCAAAGUUCACUGAGAUGACCAGUAGAUAUGCUCAAGAAAUGCAAACGAUCGAUGAUCUUCUAAAGGAAAGGAAUGCAAUUCACGCAUCCUACACCAACAACCCAACUCUUCAACUGAGUUCCAGUAGCAGCAAAGGGAAAUCACCAUCUAAAGGGUCCAAACGUGAGGAUGAUCAAACUGUAAAGAAGGAAAAGAAAUCGAAGAGCCAGCCUAUGCCUAUGGAUGGAUCUAGAGGCGAUGACGAGGGUACAAAAAAUAAGAAGGAAAAGAAACCUAAAGAUCGGAUUCGCAGGAAGAAGUGGUUCAACAUUCAUUUGAAAGUGGAUAAGAGAAGGCCCUGCUGAGAACUGAAGCAUGAAGGAAUCUUCAUUUGAUCUCUGGAAAGAUGCAGCAUUGCUUUUUGUCGAUUAUUACCGUGAUCGUACCAUUUUGUUUCCUGAAAAGUCAGGCGCAUCGCCAGUUUCAGAAAUGAUGUAAAGAAAUGUACUACGUAGUUUGGGGACCCUUACUGUUAGCGGACACUGUUCUCUGUCAGUCUCAAGUUAGAUGGUUGCUGAUGAAUGUACACAAGAGGUCUUAGUAGUGUGUGAUGUUGUACACUGUGGCCAGAAUCCAAUUCAGAUUCAUUCGAUUUGUUUUA